AAUAUCGCGUUAGGCGAGACCAACGAGUAGGUUCUCGCGAGAAGGCACGUUAGUCCCAGCGAGGCGUCGUGUGAACAUCUGGUACCGGAGGCAAAGCUGCAAACGGACCGGUGAAGGAAAUGUCGGACAGCGAGGACAGCAACUUCUCCGAAGAGGAGGAUAGUGAGCGCAGCAGUGACGGCGAGGAGCCCGAGGUAGAGGAGGAGCGGCGGAGUGCAGCAGGCAGUGAGAAGGAGGAAGAGCCCGAGGAAGAGGAAGAAGAGGAAGAGGAGGAGGAAUAUGAUGAGGAAGAGGAGGAGGAAGAUGAUGACCGGCCCCCCAAAAAGCCCCGUCACGGCGGCUUCAUUCUGGACGAGGCCGAUGUGGACGAUGAGUAUGAGGAUGAGGACCAGUGGGAGGACGGUGCAGAGGACAUCCUAGAGAAAGAAGAGAUUGAAGCUUCCAAUAUUGAUAAUGUUGUCUUGGAUGAAGACCGGUCUGGGGCUCGCCGCCUACAAAACCUCUGGAGGGACCAGCGAGAAGAAGAAUUGGGUGAAUAUUACAUGAAGAAAUAUGCCAAGUCAUCUGUGGGAGAGACGGUGUAUGGAGGAUCUGACGAGCUCUCGGAUGACAUCACCCAGCAGCAGCUGCUCCCGGGAGUCAAGGAUCCCAAUCUGUGGACUGUCAAAUGUAAGAUUGGAGAGGAACGGGCAACAGCCAUUUCCUUGAUGCGCAAGUUUAUUGCCUACCAGUUCACAGACACGCCCCUGCAGAUUAAGUCAGUAGUGGCACCAGAGCACGUGAAGGGCUACAUCUACGUGGAGGCCUACAAGCAGACCCACGUGAAGCAGGCCAUCGAGGGCGUAGGCAACCUGCGGCUUGGCUACUGGAAUCAGCAGAUGGUGCCCAUCAAGGAGAUGACAGAUGUGCUCAAAGUGGUGAAGGAAGUGGCCAACCUGAAACCAAAGUCCUGGGUCCGCCUCAAGCGGGGCAUCUAUAAGGACGACAUCGCACAGGUGGACUAUGUGGAGCCCAGCCAAAACACCAUCUCACUGAAGAUGAUCCCACGCAUUGACUACGACCGUAUCAAGGCCCGCAUGAGCUUGAAAGACUGGUUUGCCAAAAGGAAGAAGUUUAAGCGGCCUCCGCAGAGGCUGUUCGAUGCUGAGAAGAUCAGGUCCCUUGGGGGUGAUGUUGCGUCUGAUGGUGACUUCCUCAUCUUCGAGGGGAACCGUUACAGCCGGAAGGGCUUUCUGUUCAAGAGCUUUGCCAUGUCUGCUGUGAUCACAGAGGGUGUGAAGCCCACACUCUCAGAGCUGGAGAAGUUUGAGGACCAGCCAGAGGGCAUUGACCUGGAGGUGGUGACUGAGAGCACAGGGAAGGAGCGGGAGCACAACUUCCAACCUGGAGACAACGUGGAGGUGUGUGAGGGAGAGCUUAUCAAUCUGCAGGGCAAGAUCCUCAGCGUGGAUGGCAAUAAGAUAACCAUCAUGCCCAAGCAUGAGGACCUCAAAGACAUGCUGGAGUUCCCUGCCCAGGAACUUCGAAAAUACUUCAAGAUGGGGGACCAUGUGAAGGUGAUUGCUGGUCGAUUCGAGGGUGACACAGGCCUCAUUGUGCGGGUAGAAGAGAACUUUGUCAUACUCUUCUCUGACCUCACCAUGCAUGAGCUGAAGGUGCUUCCGCGGGACCUGCAGCUGUGCUCGGAGACAGCAUCAGGUGUGGAUGUCGGGGGCCAGCAUGAGUGGGGGGAGCUGGUGCAGCUGGACCCGCAGACUGUGGGCGUCAUUGUGCGACUGGAGCGGGAGACCUUUCAGGUGCUGAACAUGUAUGGGAAGGUAGUGACUGUCAGGCACCAGGCUGUGACCCGGAAGAAGGACAACCGCUUUGCUGUGGCCCUGGACUCGGAACAGAACAACAUCCAUGUAAAAGACAUCGUCAAGGUUAUUGAUGGCCCCCACUCAGGUCGGGAGGGCGAGAUUCGCCAUCUCUUCCGCAGCUUUGCCUUCCUGCACUGCAAGAAACUGGUGGAGAAUGGGGGCAUGUUUGUCUGCAAGACCCGCCACCUGGUACUGGCAGGGGGCUCGAAGCCCCGAGAUGUGACCAACUUCACAGUGGGUGGCUUUGCCCCUAUGAGCCCCCGAAUCAGCAGCCCCAUGCACCCCAGUGCUGGAGGUCAGCGUGGUGGCUUUGGCAGCCCAGGUGGUGGCAGCGGUGGCAUGAGUAGGGGCCGGGGGCGGAGAGACAACGAGCUCAUUGGCCAGACUGUGCGCAUCUCCCAGGGGCCCUACAAAGGCUACAUUGGUGUGGUGAAGGAUGCCACGGAGUCCACGGCCCGCGUGGAGCUGCACUCCACCUGCCAGACCAUCUCUGUGGACCGCCAGCGGCUCACCACAGUGGGUUCACGGCGCCCAGGUGGCAUGACCUCAACUUACGGGCGGACACCCAUGUAUGGCUCCCAGACGCCCAUGUAUGGCUCUGGCUCCCGCACACCCAUGUAUGGCUCUCAGACACCUCUCCAGGAUGGCAGCCGCACCCCGCAUUACGGUUCGCAGACGCCCCUGCAUGAUGGCAGCCGCACUCCUGCCCAGAGUGGGGCCUGGGACCCCAACAAUCCUAACACGCCAUCACGGGCUGAGGAAGAAUAUGAAUAUGCCUUCGACGAUGAGCCCACCCCAUCCCCACAGGCUUAUGGGGGCACCCCUAAUCCCCAAACACCUGGCUACCCCGACCCCUCAUCCCCACAGGUCAACCCACAGUACAACCCACAGACGCCAGGGACACCAGCCAUGUACAACACAGACCAGUUCUCCCCCUAUGCUGCCCCAUCCCCGCAAGGCUCCUACCAACCCAGCCCCAGCCCCCAGAGCUACCACCAGGUGGCACCAAGCCCGGCAGGCUACCAAAACACCCAUUCUCCAGCCAGCUACCACCCUACACCCUCGCCCAUGGCCUAUCAGGCCAGUCCCAGCCCAAGCCCUGUUGGCUACAGUCCCAUGACACCUGGAGCGCCCUCCCCUGGUGGCUACAACCCGCACACACCAGGCUCAGGCAUUGAGCAGAACUCUAGUGACUGGGUAACCACUGACAUCCAGGUGAAGGUGCGGGACACCUACCUGGAUACGCAGGUGGUGGGGCAGACAGGCGUUAUCCGCAGUGUCACGGGAGGUAUGUGCUCUGUGUACCUGAAGGACAGUGAGAAGGUUGUCAGCAUCUCCAGUGAGCACCUGGAGCCCAUCACUCCAACCAAGAACAACAAGGUGAAGGUGAUUCUGGGUGAGGAUCGGGAAGCCACAGGUGUCCUGUUGAGCAUUGACGGUGAAGAUGGCAUUGUCCGCAUGGACCUUGAUGAGCAGCUCAAGAUCCUCAACCUUCGCUUCCUGGGGAAGCUUCUGGAGGCCUGAGGCAGGCAGAGCAGGUGGACUUUAGCAAGUAUCUGGCGGAUGGAGAGUGUCCCUCCUACCUUUCUUGGCCUUUGAGUCUGAUGCAGGAUCUGGGGCCAGGAGUGGGUUUAGCCUGGUUGUUCAGGAUUUCUUUUAUUUUCCUUUCUGAGUUCCUCUCUCCCUCCCUAAUGUUUGUGGGAAUCGAGUAGAGUCUGGGGGAGGGUCCUCACCUUCUCACACCCUCCCUCCCCCAGCUUGCGUUUAUGUUGCGGUCUUUCAAUAAAAAGCUGUUUGGUCAAAA